AGAGCUUUGACGUAGUAAGUGCGCCGCGCUCCUGCAACUGUUGCUCGGCUGGGCUGAAGAAAGUGUUCAAACAGAGAAACUCCUGCUGAAGCGACUGAACUCACUCUGUUAUUAUAAAGAUGGCGUUUAUUAAAGAGGAGACUGAAGACAUAAAGAUUGAAGAAACAUUCACAGUCAAAUAUGAAGAUGCUGAGCAACAAACAGAUAUGAUUGUGCCGAAAGAAGAGGUUGAUGAGAGCACCAGUGAAGAAAUAGAUAAGCCUCACACAUGCAGCGAAUGUGGAAGCAGUUUCACGAGUAAACUUUCCCUUUAUCUCCAUAGUAGGAUUCACACCGGAGAGAAGCUUUUCACCUGUCAGGACUGUGGGAAGAUCUUCAGUCAGCAAGGAAACUUCAUGUACCACGUAAAAACUCACACAGGAGAGAAACCUUUCACCUGCCAACAGUGUGGGAAGAGCUUCAUUACUGAGGGAAACCUCAAAAACCACAUCAAGACCCACGCCGGAGAAAAGCCCUUCACCUGUAAGGAGUGCGGAAAGAGUUUCUCUCAGCACGGACACUUCGUGUACCACAUGAGGAUUCACACCGGAGAGAAACCUUUCGUCUGUCAGCAGUGUGGGAAGAGUUUCAGCACAAAUGGCCAUCUUAAAGUCCACACGAGGUUUCACACCGGAGAGAAACCCUUCACCUGUCAACAGUGUGGAAAGAGUUUCACUGAAAACGCCAGCCUUAAAGCCCACAUGAACGUCCACACCGGAGAGAAGCCGUACUCGUGCACUCAAUGCGGGAAGAGUUUUCCAUAUAAAAGAUCCCUUUAUUCCCAUCAAGCGCUUCACAUGGAGGAGAAGCCGUACUCUUGCUCUCAGUGCGGAAAGAGUUUCAUUAAUCAAGGAGACCUCAACAGGCACCUGAAGGUUCACACCGGAGAAAACCUUUACAUUUGCAGUCUGUGUGGAGUGAGCGUCACGACGAAACGCAACCUGGAGUGUCACAUGAACAUUCACACUGAUAAGAAGCCGUUCUCGUGUCUUCAGUGUGGAAAGAGCUUCAGGCAUAGUGGAUCACUUACUAGGCACAAUAAGACUCACUCGUCUCCGCAAUAAAAAGCAGGAUGAGAGCUCCGAGAAGCCGUGUAGAGUUGCGAAAUGUGGAAAGAGCCUCAGAAAUGUAGGUAUCACUUGAACAUUCUCACUCUGCAAAAAAUGCUUUUCUUGCUUAAGGCCGGGACACACCAAGCCAUCAGUCACCUCUCAUCAGGUUAAUGUCAGAGCUUAUUGGGUCAAUGGGGUAUAUCAGGCUUGUCACGGUACAAUUGAUACUGAAGUUUUAAAAACGUCCAUUUCACGCAAACAUUUAAGCAUUGUUGAGCGUGUUCUGAUUGGCCAUUGCGUUCACAUGCUCAUCAGAAAUCACUGUGAUUGGCCGUGAAGGUCAUCGGUUCAUCGGACUCACCGCUGUUUACUGAGUGUAAACACAGAUUAGACCAGGGGUCACCGAACUUGUUCCUGGAGAACCGGUGUCCUACAGAUUUUAGCUCUAACCCUAAUCAAACACACCUAAACAAGCUAAUCAAGGUCUUACUAGGUACACAAGAAAACACCCAGGCAGGAGUGUUAAGGCAAGUUGGAGCUAACCCUGCACGGACACCGGCCCUCCUGGACCGAGAUUGGUGACCCCUGGAUUAGACCAUUAUUAGACCAUUUUUUUACUGGUAAGAUCAGCCGUUUGUCAUUCUAAGAUUCUCUCCUGCAUUAUAUUCAUCAUUAUAUAGGCUAGAAGAGUUAUACUGACACUGUCACACUCUGAGUUUGCUAAGAAAGAAAAAACGUUCUUGUUGUAAUCAUAACUCAUCUUCGGUUUCACUUUAACUGCUGAUUGCGCUCAUGUCAUGGCUGCUGUGACUUUGAGAAGAAGAAAAAAAACACAUACAAAUCCUAUUUCCUGCACAGCUCCCAAUCGAUCGCUCUGUGCAACAAACUAAACGUUAUGUACAGCUUUUAUUACCUGUAAUUCUCAGUUUGUGCAGGUUCUGUUCGCUGAAGUAGGCGUCUGUGGUAAAUGCACAGCUUGAGGUCAGCUCAUGUGCGAUUUCACUGCCGUAAACACAUUACAUGAAGACAGAAAUGAUAUUUUUGGCUGAAUUGUACCUUAUCAAUUCAGUAUGUGACACUUUUAACAGCGUUUGGAGAUGUCCACAUUACUAAGAGACUUAUAUAAGUUGUGUGACCGCCUUUACGCUUCUCUCCUGAACUUGAGAAUAUAAUUGGCUGAAUCGUAGAGAUGCUGGAUUAAGAUCAUGUGGGGGGUCAAAUCAAGAUCACAAUCUUUUUCUGAUUAAUCGUGCAGCCUUACCCCAUUGGCAGGCUUAUUUACUUGGUUUAAGUAAAGACUUGAUUUUGACAUUUUCUAAAAACAAGACAAUGUUUUUAACUUGUUUAAUAUUUAAGAGUUUUUAGACUAGAAACAAGACAAGAACUCUUCGGUAAGAAAAGCUUUUGUGCGGUGAACUGCUGAGAAAUUGCCUUUACAUCUGAAACUCCACAUCCGGUUAGUUUCCAUCCAAAGAUGUGCAUUAAACUCAUGCGCAAAAUUGAAAUAUUUCAUAAAACAUUUGCAGAUAAAGCAGCGUUUCCAUUCAGUGAGUCAAAGCGAGCAAAAUCGUCACUUCCUGAUAAUCUGGAGCAAAUAUCAGACAGAGAAAUGUAGUGUUGUUGUGUCGGAGAAGCCCCUGUGGUGUUUCUCCUCCAGUAAAUGAGUUGCGCCUCAGAAGACGAAGAUGAAACGCUGUGAAUGCGGUGGCUUUUGGAGGCAUGAGACGCUCUUUGGGAGCGCAGACAGAUGCUCAAGACAGUUCUGGAGGGAAUGUUCAUAUUAAUAUUAAAAUAAUAAUACUGAACCGAGUUUAACCGCUUGGGCUUGAACACAACAUCCCUAACCGCACUCCUCUGACAGUUUUGACAGCGCAGUAAAUCAACAAACAGGAAUAGUUUUGCAUUAUUGGCUUUACUUUUGUUUAACGUAUCACACUGUAGUCAUGAAUACAAUUUUCUUACAUUUUAAAUGAAUUUAACGUGCAUUCUGGAAUUAAAUUGAACGUUUAUUUAAUUGAAUGUUUAAUUAAAUGUUUUAAAUGACUGGUAUGUAAUUCGCUUCGUCUGCUCUGCGUUUCUCAGAAGUAAAUAGCUCUUUAUUUAUUAACCAAGCACUCAAAACUAAAUAACGGCAGGUGUAAAUGUAAGCCUUACUUUAAAACAACACCAGACUAACAUAAAUGUUACGUUGAACCAUCGUAUCCUAGAACGAUUGAACAUCAGAAUGUUGACUAAAGCACAACCAGAGCUGGGGAUGUUUGCGAAGGACAAUAUUAGUGCAAUGGUAAUUCGUAACUUAUGUUUUGUGGCUAAUUUGUAUUGUCGCACUGGUGUUAGUAUGAUUUGCUCAUCUCCAAAUGACGGGUAGCUAAAAUGCCUCCUUUUUAAAAAAAGUGUACAUUUUCAUAAGAAUGAAUUUGUAUGAAUUAGACACUUUUCUGAUGAUAAAUGUAAAAUAGAUACGUUUGCUUGUGAGAUCGAGCUGGUUUGUGAAAUGGAACAAAAUAAAAAGCAUUUGCUUUUACUGAAACGGUGUCAUAUGAAUCAAAUGCAUCAUCGUGUCUAAAGCCUCCGUUUUCACACUGCAACACAACAGCUUUUCAGAUUGAUCCACUUUGGACAGCGUUAUCUGAAAGAUGCGCUUUUGUUUCCUAAAAACAGUCUCAGUGUGGAUCUAAAGCCGAAACGGAGAGUAAAAUUAGCAUUUUUAAACUGAAUCCGAAUAGUGUGGACAUGGCCUGAAACAGUGAGUAAUAUAUUAUUGAUUUGUCAGGUUUUGUUUGUUGCAUGCAGGUUGGAAAGUGACACAUUUUCAUACUUUGAUUUAAUCAGAGGCAAACCGCAAACACGAUUGUUAUUAUUUUACUUUUGUUAUAUUUGAAAGUUGUUAAUGAUGGUAUGAUGUUGUUAUUUAAUGUAAUGUUAUCAAAAUGUGAUGUUAUGUCAAUAAAUUUGAAACGGUCAAA